AUGGCGAUGGCACUCAGGGCAAAGGCAGAUGUGUGGCUGGCAAGACCCUGGCAGUGCCUGCCCAGGACGAGGGCACUGGGCACCACAGCAUCACUGGCCCCCAACACACUGCGGCCCUUUGAAGCCAUACCGCAGUACUCCAGAAACAGGUGGCUGAAGAUGCUACAGAUCCUGAGGGAGGAGGGCCAAGAGGGCCUGCACCUGGAGAUGCAUGAGGCCUUCCGGGAGCUGGGGCCCAUUUUCAGGUACAGCAUGGGAAGAACACAGGUUGUGUAUGUGAUGUUGCCAGAGGUUGCCGAGAAGGUAUUCCAGGCAGACAGUACACAGCCCAGCCGCACGCUCUUGGAACCUUGGGUAGCCCACAGAGAACACCGUGGCCUGAGUCGUGGAGUGUUCUUGCUAAAUGGGCCUGAAUGGCGCUUCAACCGACUGAGGAUCAACCCACACAUGCUGUCCCCAAAGGCCGUUCAGAAGUUUGUCCCCAUGGUGGACAUGGUAGCACGGGACUUCUUGGAGUUCCUGAAGAAGAAGGUGCUGGUGAAUGCCCAUGGAAGCUUGUCAAUGAACUUCUAUUCCAGUAUGUUCAACUAUACCAUAGAAGCCAGCCACUUUGUUCUUUUUGGGGAGCGGCUGGGCCUCCUUGGUGAUGACCUGAAUUCUGGCAGCCUGAAGUUCGUCAAUGCCUUGAAUUCCAUAAUGAAGACGACUCCACAGCUCAUGCUUUUGCCUAGUGGUCUGACUCGCUGGAUAAGCACCCGGGUGUGGAAAGAGAACUUUGAUUCCUGGGAUUUCGUCUCUGAGUACGUCACAAAAAAUGUCAAGAAUGUGUAUCAAGAGGUGCAAAGUGGUGGCCCACAGUCCUGGAGUGUCAUAUCACAGCUGGUAGCAGAGGGUGCUCUGACAAUGGAUGCCAUUCUGGCCAACUCUCUGGAACUCACUGCUGGGAGUGUGGACACGACAUCAGUGCCCCUGGUCAUGACCCUCUUUGAGCUGGCUCGGAACCCAGAUGUUCAACAGGCUGUGCGGCAGGAGAGCCUGGCAGCUGAGGCCAGCGUGGCUGCAAAUCCCCAGAGGGCUAUGUCGGAUCUGCCCCUGCUGCGGGCUGUCCUUAAAGAGACCUUGAGGCUCUAUCCUGUUGCUGUCUUUUUGGAGAGAAUUCUAAGCUCGGACUUGGUGCUUCAGAACUACCACGUCCCUGCUGGGACGAUCCUCCACAUGAGUCUCUACUCCAUGGGCCGAAACCCUGCAGUAUUUCCGAGGCCCGAGCACUACUUGCCCCAGCGCUGGCUGGAGAGGAAUGGGAGUUUCCAGCACCUGACCUUCGGCUUUGGGGUGCGCCAGUGCCUGGGCAAGCGCCUGGCUCAGGUGGAGAUGCUCCUCCUGCUGCACCAUGUGCUGAAAUCCUUCAGGGUGGAGACGCAGGAGCGAGAGGAUGUGCGGAUGGUGUACCGCUUUGUUCUGGCGCCCAGCUCCAGCCCCCUGCUCACUUUCCGGCCUGUCAGCUAGUCAGUCAGCUUUGCAGCUGGGGUCCCAGUCAGGCCAGCAGCUCCCUCCUGUCCUGAUGACAAGCUGCCCUCAUUUCUACCUUGGGCCACCAUGCCUGUAGCCACAGCUACCUUCUUGUCUAGGCUCUGGAGGAUUACUGCCCCUCCUCUGUCAGUCCCUUCACCCCCAGCCUCCACCUCCAACUGUGAUCAUUCAAGUGAGCCCAUAUGCUGGCUUUGCUUUCCUCUCUGGUCCCAAAAAUCCCUGAACCCUCUCUUAAAGUUUCUUCGUAUGGUUUGCACAUUGUGCAAUACGAACCCAGCAUCAGCAAGGACAUCUCAUGUCAACAGUGAAAGCCCAGGAUUCACUCAUGACACAUUCUCAUGCCUGAGGAGAGACAGAACUGGCCAAGUGUAUGCUGCACACCCCAGACGUCAUGUGGUGUGGCGGAGUCAGGGGCGCAGUGGAUGCUCCCUGGUCAGCUUCCAUUCCAGACAUUGUGCCGAUCUUGAGGAUGCUGAGAGGGCUAAGGGCCUCAAGAAUGGCCAAAACAAAAACGGAAAACAAAACAAACAACAACAAUAAAAAGCCCCAACCAAACAAAAACAACUUGAGAAAUGUUCUGGUAACUAAAGCGUCAGAAAUUG